ACUACGGGGACCGGGAUUUCCCAGCUCUGCGCGACAACGCGAGGGUUUUGGUUUUUUCUUUGUUUUCACCUUCACAAUUCGGUUUGAUCUCGUAUCCAGUGGUUUUGUUGAAUACCUUAUUUUUUAUCCUUUCGUAUAAGCGCACGUACAAAAAUGAGUUCAAGUGAGUACCAUAACUCUGAAAAUGAAGGGGCUGGUCCCUCAAAGAAAAAAAAAUUAAAUAUAAUCAAGUAUUUAAGAAAAGCUGGACCGAAGAGGAACAUUUUAAAAAGUGGAUCAAACAGGAAAAAGAUGAAUACUUUGCUAUGUUCCGCGUGUGCAAUAAAAAUAUUUCUAUUAAUGCGAUGCACAUUAAACUAUGCAAAUCUCAGAAAAAGCAGGGAACAUUAACAAAUAUGGCGGUUUUUAAAGGAGG